ACGUCCAUUCAGCCUUUUCUGCAGCAGCAUUGAACUUGCAGAGAGAGGGGGGAAGAGAGAGAGAGAGAGAGAGAGAGAGAGAGAGAGAGAGAGAGAGAGAGAGAGAGAGAGAGAGAGAGAGAGACUCGAUGUUAUGAAGCUGCCAUCAAAUGAACAUCAAACGUGAAUUGUUUUCCGAUCCACUGAAGAGCGCUGCUGACGAGGAGUGGUCAGGGAGGAAGAUCAUUAUUAUGCACUUUUAGAUCGACGUCGCCUUGAACGCAGCACGGCAACCACGCAGAGCCUCAAGCGCGUUUGAUCCACGAAGAAGAAGUUGUGUCAGGCGAGCGAUGGUUCGCAUCUGAUUGUUUCUCAACUACUCCUGAGCGGACUGCAGACGGGCAAAUCGCUGCAUUGUGGCAACAGAUACGCUAAUUCUUGCCCGAGGAUUGCACAAUCCCUGCUCCCCAACAUGUCAUCUCAGGCGAAAGUCAAGAAGGACAAAGAGAUUAUUGCCGAAUACGAGACCCAAGUGAAAGAGAUUCGUAACCAGCUGGUGGAGCAGUUCCGAUGUCUGGAGCAGCAGUCAGAGUCUAGGCUGCAGCUGCUUCAGGACCUGCAGGAGUUCUUCCGCAGAAAGGCCGAGCUCCAGCUUGAGUACUCAAGAGGCCUGGACAAGCUGGCCGAGCGCUACUCCGCCAAGAUCCGCACCUCAAGAGAGCACCAGCACUUCAAAAAAGACCAGAAUCUCCUGUCCACUGUGAACUGCUGGUAUUUGGUCCUAGACCAGACCAGGCGGGAGAGUCGGGACCACGCCACUCUGAGCGACAUCUACAACAACAACGUCAUUGUGCGCCUGGCACACGUGGGCGAGGAUGUCAUCAGACUUUUCAAAAAGAGCAAAGACAUCGGGGUCCAGAUGCAUGAGGAGCUAGUGAAAGUCACCAAUGAGCUCUACACGGUGAUGAAGACGUACCACAUGUACCACACUGAGAGUCUGAGUGCCGAGAGCAAGCUGAAGGAGGCAGAGAAACAGGAAGAGAAGCACAUCGGAAAAUCCAACGAUAUCGGCUCUGGCCUUCUGCGGUACGGUCACGAUGAGCGUCCACAGCGACGGAGCUCAGUCAAGAAGAUGGAAAAGAUGAAGGAGAAGAGACAAGCCAAGUACUCUGAAAACAAGCUGAAAUGCACAAAAGCUCGCAAUGACUAUCUUCUCAAUCUGGCAGCUACCAACGCCCUGGUGGCCAAGUACUACAUCCAUGAUGUCUCAGAUAUGAUAGAUUGUUGUGACUUGGGUUAUCAUGCAAGCAUGGCACGCACCAUGAGAACCUACCUGUCUGCAGAGUACAGUCUAGAGACUUCUCGCCAUGAGGGACUAGACUUACUGGAGGGAGCAGUAGACGCUAUGGACAUCAGAGGAGACAAGCUGAAGUGUAUGGACAUGCACAGUCAGAUCUUCUGUCCCCCGGCACGCUUUGACUAUCAGCCACACAUGGGGGAUGAGGUGUGUCAGGUGAGUGCACAGCAGCCUGUCCAGACAGAGCUCCUAAUGCGCCACCAUCAGCUGCAGUCCCGCCUGGCCACACUGAAGAUAGAGAACGAGGAGGUGAGGAAGACUCUUGAUGCAACCAUGCAGACCCUUCAGGACAUGCUCACAGUGGAAGACUUUGAUGUGUCAGAGGCUUUUCAGCACAGCCAAUCCACUGAGUCGGUCAAAUCGGCUUCCUCUGACUCCUACAUGAGCAAGGCCAACAUCAGUAAGAGACGAUCCAAUCAGCACGAGACUGAGGGCUUCUACUUCACUAAAUACAAGGAGUACUUGAAUGGCAGCAACCUCAUUAUCAAACUGCAGGCCAAGCAUGACCUUCUGAAGCAGACACUAGGAGAAGGGGAGAGGGCUGAAUAUGGAACAACAAGGGGAAGAAGGAAUGUCCGAGCCAGGAGUCAGGACUCAGGGCAGCCUAUACCAGUGGUGGUUGAGAGCUGUGUUCGCUACAUCAAUCUGUAUGGUCUCCAGCAGCAGGGUAUAUUUCGGGUUCCCGGUUCCCAGGUCGAAGUCAACGACAUUAAGAAUGCAUUUGAAAGAGGAGAGGAUCCACUGGUGGAUGAUCAGAGUGAUCAUGACAUCAACUCUGUGGCGGGUGUUCUUAAGCUGUACUUCAGGGGCCUGGAAAACCCGCUGUUCCCCAAAGAGCGUUUCCUCGACCUCAUAUCCACAACUAAGCUUGACUCAGGUGCAGAGAGAGCUCAUCACCUCCAGCAGAUCAUUGUGACUCUGCAGCGGCCGGUGAUUAUCGUCAUGAGAUACUUGUUUGCAUUCUUAAAUCAUCUUUCUCAGUACAGUGACGAGAACAUGAUGGACCCCUACAACCUGGCCAUUUGCUUUGGCCCCACAUUGAUGCCAAUACCAGAUGAUCAGGACCCUGUGUCCUGUCAGGCUCAUGUAAAUGAGGUCAUUAAGACCGUUAUCAUCCACAACGAGCUCAUCUUCCCAAGCCUAAGGGAGUUGGAUGGGCCUGUGUAUGAAAAGUGCAUGACUGGUGGGGAGGAGUACUGUGAAAGCCCCCACAGUGAGCCAGGGGCUCUUGAUGAGGUAGACAAUGGUACAGGACCCAACACCAGUGAUGAAGAGUUGGAGCAGAUCGAGGCCAUAGCGAAGUUCGACUAUGUUGGCCGAAGUCCUCGAGAGCUUUCCUUUAAGAAAGGAGCGUCUCUGUUGCUCUACCUGCGAGCCUCUGAGGACUGGUGGGAGGGUCGACAUAACGGCGUGGAUGGGCUGAUUCCACAUCAGUAUAUUGUGGUACAAGACAUGGAUGAUGCAUUCUCUGAUAGCACACAGAGGACUGAUAGCACAGCCAGCAGUGGACCUCAACAUGAGGAAAGAGCCGGAUCAAGAAAUGAGCACCAGUCUCCCUGCGAACACACACCUGAGCACCGCUUUGCAGCUGCAUUAGGAAGAGUGAGGGUGCGAUCAGAUGGAGCUGCAGGCCCUCGCCACAGGAACGGCGCUGACAGUCACAGCCCCAGCAGAGCAGACUUGCCUCCCAGGGUUAUGCCUCGGCCCUGCAGCCCACACAAAAUAGCAGUUAGCAGGGGUCCAGCAGACAGCCCUGAGAAACGGCGUCUCACCACAUUUGGCAGCGCCGGCUGCAUCAACCACCCGGACAGAAAAGCCUUCAUUGAAAGCCACUCUCAACGAUCUUCACCCAGCACUACACGCCACGCAAGUUUGGGGGAUCACAAAACUCUCGAGGCUGAGGCACUUGCUGAUGACAUUGAGAAAACAAUGAACACAGCUCUUCAUGAGUUGCGUGAGCUGGAGCGACAGAAUGUAGCCAAACAUGCCCCUGAUGUUGUUUUGGACACACUGGAGCCCCUCAAACAUCCCGCUGGAGGCCAGGACCCGCCUGGCAGUCCUCUGCACACUAUGGUGAUCAGAGAUCCAGAUGCAGCCCAGAGACGCAGCAGCAGCUCCUCCUCCUCUGAGACCAUGACCACUUUUAAACCAGCUCUGUCAGUACGCAGACCGAGUGCACCUCUACGACCCCCGACUGUCAGACCCGUCCGGCCUGCUCCUGUGAUUGGACAGGGCCAGGGACCACACCGCUCCAGCAGCUCUAGUUCCUCUGGCCUCGGCAGCCCAGGCAUCACACCUACUGACAGGAUGUUUUCCAAACCACCCUCCCCUUCUCCUUCCACCUCCUCCUCAUCCUCAGACAAACAGGGUAACAUGUAGCUCCAUUCAGUCACGAGUCAAGUGGUGGAAGGACAUUGUGGAUAAUGGAUGACUGACACCUAGUCCGAAUGCUGAAUAUUUACCAUUUAUCUUGUACAGUGUAGGACUGCUCCUGCAGGUGUCUGACAGCGUGUUGAUGGACGAGUCAAUGUGUUAUAUUAUAAUAUUACACAGAAAUGGGACUUACAUUUAUGAGAAAAUGAAUACAAUGCUACCAUGCUGAAAAGCCAGGCUGGAAAAAAGGGAUGCACUGGAAAAUAAUUCAGUUUACUGAUAUCUCAUAAUGAAAAUGUCCAUGUUUGUUUACAAAAAUGCUGUUAGCUUGGGUUUCAAUUCUGGUUUCAUGGUCCAUAAAUAGGAGAAACUUAAGGGAAUAUUUCUCAACUGAAAAUACAGACAGCCAGUCUCUGCUGGUGCUUUAUUUAGAAUAUUGAAGGUACAAUCUCUCAGCCACCACCUAUAAUACUGAAAGAGCCUCCCCUGCAGUGACAGCACAUUACAGCAGCUGUUAGAUAACAUGGCCGUGUAUAAAAUCACUCACUAUAUUUCAUAUGUAGUACACUAUAUAAACUCUCUGCAAUUUUAAAGAAGUGUCUGAAUUCUAAGUAGGAUAUUUGAAUUUAUUGAAGUUUUCAAAAAGUUCAACAAUGAGACUUAAAAUGUGUGUGCAAUGCAUGUAAACUCAUUUCUGUCAAUUAUCCAGCUUAGUGAUGUUACAUAAUGUUAAAGAUGCAUAAAUAAAGGUUGUGUGUUGCCACACCUGUUGAAAGUAAAAAUAAAUUGUAUUCAAGAAUGGAGAAAUGUAAUUAUUGUUUGCACUAAAUUAAAUGUAACUAUUUAUUGUUUUAUACUAAAGAGAUAUAAGCAGGUGAACAUAGAGUGAUUUCAGACACAGCCCAUGGCUGUGGGUAAAACCACAGAACUGCAUUUAGGUGCAGUUUUUCUUAUGCCCACUAGGUGCUGCCUACAUGAAAAUUGCAUCUGUCUUUGGGCCACUAUUUAAAAAAACAAAACAAGUUUGGUACCAAUGACUGGCUCAAACUGUAGCAGACAGCAGUCGGCUUCAGUUUGCACCUACACACCGUCCCACAUUCACAAUUACAUAAUUCCAUCCCAUGAUGACUGAGGAUAAAGGGAGACAAGGAACACCUUGACAGCACUGACUUUUAGAGGUUUUGUCUUAUUUAUCUAUCCAGAUUCUAAGGGGUGUCAUUUGAAAUGUUAUAAUCAUAGAAGAUUUCCUCACAAAAUUGCUCUAAACUGAGUGGAAUUAUCCUCAAAUUUUCUUCUAAUGCCUUUGUUUUAUGAUUAAAGGAGCAAGAAUUCCCGAAGCAAUGGACCCUGUAAAACCUGACACAGGUUAUUGUGUUAGUACUUGGGUUUCAUUUUGUAUUCGUCAGCAAGUAAAGCACAAAUGCAGUCAUGCCACUGGGUGGCUGGAAUGUCCCACAGUGCUAGCAUCAUUGGCCACUCGCCUGUACUUGGCCAGGUAACCUGGUAGCAGUGCAGGAGCACAAGCAGCAUCAACCUUAGACUGAGCCUCUAUUUGCAAUCCUUAGCAGUGGACCAAUACUGUUACAAACCCACUGUGACUCUGAUAUUUGAUACAUUUGAAAUGUUUACUGCAUGUUAGAACCGGCACACCUGAAAAUGAAACUCACUGAUAAUGAAUUUCAGCCCAAAUUGUGUUUUCCUUCAUUCAUCAAUCUCAGAAUCGGUCUGUGGAUGUCAGUAAAAUAACAGGCUGCAGGGCUAAAGUUAUGCAGAGAAGAUUGAAAAAUAUUGUGGAUAUCAUGCACACAUCACCCCUAUAACUAAUACAUGAAAAUAAAGAUGAAAUUUUAAUCAAAUGUUCCUAUACUAUAGUCAUAUCUCCGUAUGAAAAGAUUAGCUGUGUUACCUCAAUAAACAAGUAAAAUGUUCUCCUACAAUUCAAGUGACUAAUGCACUUCUAAACACUACAGGGAACUGUGCUGCAUUUGUAGGUUCUGUGUUUUCAUUUGGAUGAAGUUGUAAUAGAAACAUGAUAUAGCACAUCAGUAUCAUUGAAGCUUACAUAAUGUCUAGAAUGCACACAGUCAGCCCAAGCUGUGUGGGUGUUUAGAUGAACUUGUUUACUGUCGGUGAUGUUUGUCGUCUGUCUUAUAAGGAUGAUCAAUAUAUCUUUAAAGUGUAAUAGGUACAUUGGAUUGAAUAUAUAUACAUACUCUUAAAGGAUACUUGUACAAAUAUCAUUGUAUGAUAGGAACAGGAUAUAUUAUCAUGUCUAGUCUGUAGAUUUUUGUAACUCUUAUCCUUGCACAAACAUUAACAAAACAAUAAAUCAAUGAAAUCUCA